AUGGCUAGAGGUAUAUUGAAACAACAAUUGAAAAGUCAUCAAUUAAUAGAUGCUAUUGAUAAGGCAAAAUCAAAACCAACCAAGAAAACCCCAGUAACAGAAAAAACAGUAGAAGAAGAAAAAGAAAUCAUAGAAGCCGCUCCAGUGACUACCAAAGUGAAAUCAAACAAGAAAUCGAAAAAAUCAAAUACCAAAAAAGAUGAUGAUGAUUAUCAAAGUGAAGUUUUAUCUAAAAAGGAACAAAGAAGAUUGAAGAAAUUACAAACUAAACAACAAGAGGAAGAAAAAGAAGCAGAAGAUAACGAGGAAGAAGAAGAAGAAGAUGAUGAUGAUGACGAAGAAGAAUUGGAUUUGGAAAAAUUAGCAGCUAGUGAAAGUGAAAGUGAUAUCAAUGAUGAGGAGGAGGAAGAGGAUGAUGACGACGACGAUGAAGAAGAGGAUGACGAAGUAGAAAAUAACGAUGAAGCAGAAGAUGAUAUUCCAUUAUCUGAUGUUGAAGUUGAUUCCGAUGCUGAUAUAGUUCCUCAUACCAAAUUAACCAUUAAUAAUAUGGCAGCAUUAAGAGAAUCAUUAGCACGUAUUGAAUUACCUUGGUCAAAACAUUCAUUUAUUGAACAUCAAUCAAUAACUAGUGUUGAUAAAACUGAAUCAGAAAUCAAAGAUAUUUAUGAUGAUACCGAAAGAGAAUUGGCAUUUUAUAAGCAAGGUUUAGAUGCUGUUAAACAAUCACGUAAAACAUUAUUAAAAUUGAAAAUUCCAUUCUCUCGUCCCAUGGAUUAUUUUGCUGAAAUGGUUAAAAGUGAUGAACAUAUGGAUAAAUUGAAAAAUAAAUUAUUAACUGAAGCCGCCAAUAAAAAGGCAUCAGAAGAAGCUAAAAGACAACGACAAUUGAAAAAAUUUGGUAAACAAGUUCAACAUGCUACUUUACAAGAAAGAGCUAAACAAAAGAAAGAAACUUUAGAAAAAAUUAAAUCAUUGAAAAAGAAAAGAGGUGCUAAUGAAAUUAGUAAUGAUGAUGAUUUCCAAAUUGCUUUAGAAGAAGCAACUGAAAAUAACCAGAAAUAUGGCCAUGGUGGUAGUGGUAGUGGUGGUGAUAAUAAAAGAAGAAAACCAAAUUCUAAAAGAUUGGCUAAAGAUGCUAAAUAUGGAUUUGGUGGUAAAAAAAGAGGUAAAAGAGAAAAUGAUGCUGCUUCAUCAGCUGAUAUUAGUGGAUUUUCAACAAGAAAGAUGAAAGGUAAAUCAACUUCAAGACCUGGUAAAAGUAAACGUAGUAGAAGACAUUAA